UGGGGAGAUGGGCCACACCUCUGGCAGGUGGGUAUUUGCCUCCUUUGCUGGCCCUGGAAGGUGCUGUCCCCAAGCCACUCACUUCUCCACUACAUCAGCCGGUCGGAAGUGAGUGGGAAGUCUCAGGAGAGGACCACUCCCUACUGUUGGCCUUUGGUGUCGUCGGGGCCACUGGAGAAAAUGAGCUCAAAGAAGAAAGAGCACAUCACCUUACAGGACCCUGAAGCCAAGUACCCCCUGCCCUUGAUUGAGAAGGAGCAAAUCAACCACGACACCCGAAGGUUCCGCUUUGGACUGCCCUCACCCGACCAUAUCUUAGGGCUCCCUGUAGGUAACUAUGUCCAUCUCUUGGCCCAAAUUAAGGAUGAAUUGGUGAUCAGGGCUUACACUCCUGUCUCUAGUGAUGAUGAUCAAGGCUUUGUGGACUUCAUUAUAAAGAUAUACUUCAAAAAUGUGCACCCCAAGUAUCCUGAAGGAGGAAAGAUGACUCAGUACUUAGAGAACAUGAAAAUUGGGGAUACCAUUCUUUUUCGGGGGCCAACAGGGCGCCUGUUCUAUCAUAAUCCAGGUUCCCUUAUAGUCAAAACAGACAAAACGAGUGAGCCUGAAAAAAAACUGGUUCAUCACCUGGGGAUGAUUGCUGGGGGCACAGGCAUCACGCCCAUGCUGCAGCUCAUUCGCCACAUCACCAAGAGCAGCAAUGAUGGGACCAGGAUGUCCCUCCUCUUUGCCAAUCAGACAGAAGAGGACAUCUUGCUGAGAAAGGAACUGGAAGAAAUCGCCACGACUCACCUUCACCAGUUCAACCUGUGGUACACCCUGGACAGGCCUCCCGACAGCUGGAAGUACAGCUCAGGAUUUGUUACUGCUGACAUGAUCAAGGAGCACCUCCCUCCCCCUGGGAAGGCCACGCUCAUCCUGGUGUGUGGUCCACCACCUAUGAUCCAGGAAGCAGUUCGCCCCAGCCUGGAGCAGCUCGGCUAUACCAAGGACAUGAUUUUUACCUAUUAACCCCUCCCCUGUCUUUUGCGGCCCCCUCUCUGUUUCAGAAUGAGUUUGACUUCACUGUUUUUAACUACUAUUUGCAAAGUACCUCGCCACGUACCCUUGGGCAUGGUGCUGUUCUCUUGAGUGUGGACUUGAGAAGAGUUCAAAGGACUUAAGACAAGGUGGUAUUUAAGCUUCCAGGCUUGGAGGCUGGAAAUGAGGCUUCUUUCUCCAUGGUUUAGUAUAAUAAACUGGACUGCUCUGCA